CAACAUCAAACUCUCUCUAUCUCUCUCUCUUUGCUUCAUUGCGUAAAAUUUUGUGUUGAGAGGAUUGAUGGCGAAGAUCAGAACGGAUGCUCCGGUGAUGCCUCCGGAGACUCCUCCUAGGAGCAGUGAGGUGGGAGAGAUUGACACGCGCGCUCCCUUCCAAUCCGUUAGAGACGCCGUCAGUUUAUUCCGUCAAGUUAGCUUUUCCAAGAAGCAACCACCGCGUCUCUCCUCCUCCUCUUCUCAGUCUCAGGACACAACGGAUGUGUCCGAUAAGGAGAUGCAACUUCUAUUGGCCGAACAAGAAAUGGAUAGAGUCAAGCUGUGUCUUGAUGGCUCUGUCGCAGCUAAAGCACAAGCUCUUUCUGAUCUCGACUCUGCUCAACGAAAGGCCGCUGAUUUAAGGCUUAAACUAGAAUCCAUCAAACAUUCCAGGAAAUGUGCUAUCUCUACCAAACAUACUAUGAAUCAACGUUUAGAACAACUUCAAUCUGAAAACCAAGAAACAGAGAGCGCAAGAGAGGAUUACAUUUUAAUUACCGCGGAGCUGUUCAUGGCAAAAAACGAGCUCGCGGAAUUGAAACAACAGUUUAACCUCUCCGUGGAAGAAAGGCUAGCUGAACUUCAAAGGGCAGAGGAAGCAGAGUGUGCGUCUAUGGUUAACGCCAACAAGAUCAAAGACAUGUCACAUGAGAUAGCGGAAAUGCGUGAUGCUGCUGAGCGGCUGAAUUCUGAUGCUGCGAAGAAAAAAGAGGAAGAGGAAACGAUAAAGGAAGAGAGUAUUGCCGCGAGAGAAACUUACGUGUCUAAGAAACAAGAAGCUAAGCAAAGGCUGGGGGAUCUGAAGCAAGAUUGUGACCCUGAGCUAAGGAAAGAUAUCGAGGAGCUAGCGGAGAUAUGUGCUGAAAACGAGAGGUUACAGGAAGAGAUUAAACUAGCUUGUGAACUCAAAGAGGCUAAGAGUGCGAUGCAAGAAAUUUAUGAUGAAGAAAGUUCAUACAAAAGCUUGGUGGGCUCACUCACUGUGGAAUUGGAUGGAGUGCAGAGAGAGAACAGAGAAUUGAAGGGAAAAGAGAAGGAGAGACAAGAAGUUGAAGAAGGAGAAUGGGUAGAAACGAGUCGGAAAGUGGACGAAAUCAUGAGUGAAGCAGAGAAAACAAGAAAAGAAGCGGAAGAGAUGAGGAUGCACGUGGAUGAACUCAGGAGAGAAGCAGCAGCAACACAUAUGGUAAUGGGUGAAGCAGUGAAACAGCUCGAGAUGGUUGGAAGAGCGGUGGAGAAAGCGAAAACCGCAGAGAAAAGAGCUGUGGAAGACAUGAAAGUUCUUACUGAGAAGAAAGAGAGUCUAACACAUGAUGAGCCUGAUAAGAAGAUUAGAAUAUCAUUGAAAGAGUACGAAGAGUUGAGAGGAAAGCAUGAAGAGUCAGAGAGAAUGGUUCAGUUUAAAGCGAAAACGGUUGCUGCUCAACUGGAAGAGAUCAAUGAGAGCAGAAUAGAAGGGGAGAGAAAGUUGGAGGAAAAGAUUAAAGAGAUGGAGGAGCUAAAAGCGGCGAUUGAUGGUGCGUUGAGAAAAGCAGAGAUUGCAGAGGAAGCACACAGUAUUGUCGAUGCUGAACUAAGAAAAUGGAAACCACAAGACUUGUAGUUGUGAUAAAUAUGCUUUAGGUUGUUUAGGGAACUACUAGAAUGUCCAUACCAAUAUAUCUUUAUUGAGAGAUUCAUGAUUAUUUCAUAUUUCUCAUGUCAACAGUAAAUACAUGAACUGUAU